GUAUAUUGAAUUUCAUUGUGAAUAGAACAGAUAAAGACUUCCUUUGGGGGAUCCCCCUUUCCGUUAUAAAAGUUAUUCUCUAUAAAUCGAUUAGUUCUUCUUGUGGUGCUUGUUGGUAUAUAUUCCAGAUUCCAGAACCUCCAAAAAAAAAGUAUGUCGAAAUGAAGAGUCCUGGGGCUACCAUGUACCUUCUUCAGAUCUGGUUCGCUUGCAGCUAUUUGAUCCCAUUUCUAAUUGCACAAGACGUAUUGCUUGAUAGGUCUCAACCGCAUUGUAUAGCAGAAGUACCACAAGUUCUUCCUUCUCCUCCUCAGCCUGUAUACGAUAGAGAUGAAGAUGAAGAUCAAAAUGAAGAAGAAUAUCCGGUAGCAGAUUCAUUGGAAGAUAAUUAUCAAGAAGAAAAUUUAGAUCAAAUAUUGUCGAGUCUUCCAAUAGGUAAAACUGUCAACAUAUAUGCAACAACGACAGUUACUUGUGCUCACAUGAACUAUAUCAACAUUACUAUUAACUGUGGUAAUUGUUGGAAACUGGUUUACAAAAACAGUGAUCUCCGAGUUAUUCCGACCAAUAUGGACCAAGGAGCACAACAGUUGACAGGAAUAAAGUUAACAAAAUCGAAAAUCCAGAAGAUUGAACCUGGUGCCUUCUCAAACUUGCCUAACUUGUUAGUUUUAGAGUUAGAAAAUAACAAUUUGACUAAAAUCAGUAGAGGUAUUUUCAACUCCCUACCUGAACUCGAAUUCUUGAACCUAAGUCAUAAUUCCAUAGCUGAAAUCGAGGAAGACUGUUUCCACGGUUCUUCCAAUAUAGAAAUAUUAGAUUUGAGCUUCAACAAGAUCAUAACUAUACCUGAGAAUAUCUUCCAGCACCAGCGGCUUAAAACUUUGAACAUAUCCAAUAACUUGCUGGCCAACUUUGAUGGUCAAAAGAUUCCUGAGUUGAAAACUGUCAUCCUGGAUAAUAAUCAUUUGGAAAAGUUUCCAUCUUUUUCGGGAUCCUCAAUAACUCAUCUAUCUAUCAAAUUCAACUUCAUUACUUCUUUCAAUGUCACUGAUUUACCUACAUCACUCGAAAUGUUUUUGAUAGGUAACAACAGAAUACAUCAUCUAGACCAGUAUUCCUUUAAUUUGGCGAGUUCUUUGAGAAUCCUGGACAUGUCAAAUAAUUUCUUGGGUGAAUUUAACCCCGAAAUAUUGAUAAAUCUCGAUGAACUCGAAAUUUUAGACAUUUCUGGGAAUGAUAUGAAAACCAUCAAUACAAAACUGUUCAUCAUCCUGAAAUCCUUGCGGAGUAUCAAUCUGGGAAAGAACAACAUCACAACUCUUCCAAAAGGUGUUUUUCAACAUUUAUCCAACCUGAUUAACCUAGAAUUCUCAGAAAAUAAUAUCACUUAUAUCCAACAAGGAGUGCUGAAAGAUUUGGUAUCUUUGCAAACAUUGAACUUUUCUCGUAAUAAGAUAAAGUAUCUGCAAGCUGGAAUUUUCAGCGGUUUGAAAAAACUGGAAGUCUUAGAUCUGAGUUCGAACAACCUAGAAUCGUUUAGUUUCCAUGUUUUGAGCGCUUUGGAGAAAUUGAGGGUACUGGAUGUAUCAUACAAUCGACUCACAUCCUUGAUCGUUAACCUAAGACGCACGAGAGGUGCAUUAAUAGCCUUAGACGGUAACAAUUUCACAUGUACCAACUUGGCGAAAACAAUUAAUGUUCUAAGAUCGGAAUACAUAGGUGUGCUUAGAGGAAAAACACUAUCAUCAGAAAAUAUUGACGGUAUUUCUUGCAGUGAAAAGAACGAAAAUGCAAAUACAGAAGAUAACAUGACAGAUAUGAAGUAUUUCUUCGAGAGAGGCUUCAAAAACACAUCUUUCUACAAUUUUUUCAAAGAUUUUCGCAGAUCUGACUGGACAGAACCAAACGUCAACAAUGUUUUGGAUUAUUUACGUGACAAUCUCACAGUUGAUUUCUCGAAAAGUAUGAAGAAUCACGUAAAGGAUUUCAUCAAUUUUCAGAACGCUUCGUUCAGAGAAUUUUUCCAACAAAUGGAGGAUAUAAGGAAGCACAACGAAAGUACAUCUUUAGAGGGUCUGUCCUCUGUUUUGCAGAAAGAAAUCGAGUCAUUUGUGACCUUCGAAAAUUCUUCUUUUCAAAAUUAUUUGGACAAGAUGUCUCAAAUCGUGGAUAGCAUGCGAAAUGAUAGAAAUAGGUCUGAGGAUAUACCAAAAAUUAUAGAAAGACUGCAGAAUUUCAAGAGUGAGAAGUUAGUUUCAUCCAGAGAAACAGAAAAUAAUACAGAACUAAUAGAGGCCAUCAAUCAACUAAAGAUAUUCCUGAUCUUGUGCUCUUUUGCAAUUGUGCUACUGGUUCUUGGAGUUAAACUGUUUCCAGUUGCUAGAAAAAGAUACUCCAGUCGUAAUUUCCAGGAAUCAAACACUGAAAUACCUAUGUUAUCAUGAAAGCUAGUGCGAAUGCUAGUGAAAUAUAAUAAUAAUAAUAAGGUUUGUUACAUCAAUCAUCUAAAAUCAUGAGAAAGAGGAUGACUUUCCUUAUGUAAGAGUUUGAAGAGUAAUUCACUAGAUGAUUACAAAAAAAGUUUAUAUAAUUAUUGAAUAAUAAAGUUUAAAAAACCC